AGAAUUAGCCGGUACAGGAAUGAACCAGCUUGGAGAUAUGAAAUUGCACCGAUUGAAAGGAAGCUCAGAUUAUUAGGCUCCGACACCUCCAGAUGCACCCUUUUGAAAGCCACCCGGAUUGAGGCAUUGAGCUUUAAGCUCCGCAAAACAUUCACCUGGCUGGGCAGCUAGCAACGGAGGAGCCCGGGAGCCCCGCACCGAGCGCGCUCGGAGCCGGGCGGAGAGCCGGAGGCGCAGGCACCCACAUCUCCAGGAUGAUAGGCGACAUUGCAACACAUCUGUACACCCAGCUGCUUAGGGGACUCAGAGUGGAGCAGCAAGUUCGGGGGUCGGUGCCCGGAGCCGAGUGAAAAGUGCAGCCCGGCGGGCUGCGGGCGGUGAAAAAUCUUGGAAAAUGUACACAAGUCAUGAAGAUAUUGGCUAUGACUUUGAAGAGGACCCCAAGGAUAAGAAGACAGUUAAGCCCCACCCAAACAUUGAUGGCGGAUGGGCUUGGAUGAUGGUCCUUUCUUCCUUUUUUGUGCACAUCCUCAUCAUGGGUUCCCAGAUGGCCCUGGGAGUCCUCAACGUGGAGUGGCUGGAGGAGUUCCACCAGAGCCGCGGCCUGACUGCAUGGGUCAGCUCCCUGAGCAUGGGCAUCACCUUGAUUGUCGGACCUUUCAUCGGCUUGUUCAUUAACACCUGUGGGUGCCGCCGGACUGCCAUCAUCGGUGGGCUGCUGAACUCCCUGGGGUGGGUGCUGAGCGCCUAUGCUACAAACGUGCAUUGUCUUUUUUUUACCUUCGGAGUGGCAGCUGGCCUUGGCAGUGGGAUGGCCUACCUCCCAGCAGUGGUCAUGGUGGGAAGGUAUUUUCAGAAGAGACGAGCCCUGGCCCAGGGCCUCAGCACCACAGGGACAGGAUUUGGUACAUUCCUGAUGACCGUGUUGCUGAAGUACCUGUGUGCUGAGUAUGGAUGGCGGAACGCCAUGUUCAUCCAGGGUGCCGUGUCCUUAAACCUGUGUGUUUGUGGUGCGCUCAUGAGGCCCCUCUCUCCUGGGAAAGACACAAACCUGCCAGAAGGGAAAGAUCCCCGGGUCCUGCCAGCUUGCUCCGUGGAGUCCGUGAAGUCAGCUGGGCCGCUGGGCAGAAUGGAAGAAAAGGAUGGUGGGCCCGGGAACGAAGAGACCCUCAAUGACCUUCAAGCCCAGGAGUGCCAAGGUCAGGCCCGGCACAGGAAGAACAUGUGUGCUCUCCGGGUUCUGAAGACCAUGAGCCAGCUCACCAUGAGAGUCCGGAAGGGCUUCGGGGACUGGUACUCAGGCUAUUUUGGGGCAUCGUCACUCUUCACUAAUCGAAUGUUUGUCGCCUUUGUUUUCUGGGCUUUGUUUGCCUACAGCAGCUUUGUCAUUCCUUUUAUCCACCUGCCAGAAAUAGUCAAUUUGUAUAAUUUAUCGGAGCAAAACGAUGUUUUCCCUCUGACUUCGAUCAUAGCAAUAGUCCACAUCUUUGGGAAAGUGGUCCUGGGCGCCGUGGCCGACCUGCCCUGCAUCAGCGUCUGGAACGUCUUCCUACUGGCCAACUUCACCCUCGUCCUUAGCAUUUUCAUUCUGCCAUCCAUGCACACGUACGCCGGCCUGGCUGUCAUCUGCACCCUGAUCGGGUUUUCCAGCGGUUAUUUCUCCCUAAUGCCCGUGGUGACCGAGGACCUGGUCGGCAUCGAACACCUGGCCAACGCCUACGGCAUCAUCAUCUGUGCUAACGGCAUCUCCGCCUUGCUGGGACCACCGUUUGCAGGGUGGAUCUUCGACAUCACACAAAAAUAUGAUUUUUCCUUCUAUAUAUGUGGUUUGCUUUACAUGGUAGGAAUACUCUUCUUACUCAUCCAACCAUGUAUUCAAAUUAUAGAACAAUCCAGAAGAAAAUACAUAGAUGGUGCACAUGCUUAGUGUCACGUGAUUUCAGGUCGGAUUUCAUUUGUGGUACUCAUGCCUACCUCGCUUGGUUGCUGUGAGGAGCCUGUGACCUGGGGAAGAGC